AUGACACUGACCUGGCAGCUAGGCCCCAGGGGGCCAAAGGAGAAGUGGUACGACGAGGAGAAGAAGUGUGAAGACUACAGUGUGGGCCAGCCCUACUCCUGUCGCAUCACCAGAGACCUCUACCUGUUCACACCCUAUGAGAUCUGGGUGGAGGCCUCCAACCAGCUGGGCUGGGCUGUGUCUGAUGUGCUCACUUUGGACAUCCUAGACGUGGUGACCACGGACCCCCCCUCCGGAGUGGCGGUCAGUCGCGUGGGGCAGUUGGAGGACCAGCUCAGUGUGCGCUGGGAGGCUCCGCCGGCUCUCAGAGACUUCCUGUUCCAGGCCAAGUACCAGAUCCGCUACAGACUGGAGGACAGCCAGGAGUGGAAGACAGAAAAGUGA